AUGCUUCGCAGAGCGGCGGCGACGGUCCCACGGCGAGUGGCGGCGGCGAAGUCUGCGAAUAUUUGCGUGCGGAACUUUUCAAUAUCAGCUCAAAGGAUGGCUGUGUUGAAGCCACUCGAAAAUCCCGUAUCUGCGGCUCUUCCGUCCGACACCUUUCAGCUCCUCCCAGAAUCGCAGAAAGCCGGGGCCGCAGAAGAUGCCCUCUACGACCAGCAGAUAAAGGAUGUGGAGGCAUGGUGGGCGAGUCCAAGAUAUGAGGGGAUAAAGAGGCCGUACUCGGCGGCAGAUGUUGUGUCGAAACGGGGGACCCAGCUGCAGUCAUACCCAAGCUCGGUCAUGGCGAGGAAGCUGUUCAAUUUGAUCAAGGAGAGGGAGGCAAAGGGAGAGCCAAUCCACACAAUGGGCGCCAUCGAUCCUGUACAAAUGACACAACAAGCACCGAACCAAGAAGUCCUCUACAUUUCCGGCUGGGCAUGCUCCUCCGUCCUCACAACCACAAACGAAGUUUCUCCCGACUUUGGCGACUACCCCUACAAUACCGUACCAAACCAAGUUCAGAGACUCGCUAAAGCACAAUCAAUGCACGACAGGAAACAUUGGGAUGCGCGGAGGAAGUUGGCUCCAGAGGAGAGAGCAAAGACACCAUACAUCGACUACCUACGGCCCAUCAUUGCAGAUGGAGAUACUGGACAUGGUGGACUGUCAGCAGUUUUGAAGCUUGCCAAGCUGUUUGCAGAGAAUGGAGCUGCGGCUGUACAUUUCGAAGAUCAGAUGCAUGGCGGGAAGAAGUGUGGGCAUCUUGCCGGAAAGGUUCUUGUACCCGUUGGAGAACAUAUCAAUCGUCUUGUCGCUGCACGAUUUCAAUGGGACGUUAUGGGAUCGGAGAACUUGGUCAUUGCAAGGACGGAUUCUGAGAGUGGAAAGCUUCUCAGCAGCGCCAUCGACGUUCGAGACCACGAAUUUAUACUUGGAGUCGCGGAGGAAGGCAUCGAACCUCUGGCCGAAACUUUACAGGGAAUGGAAAUGGCCGGAGCGACUGGUGCUGAAAUUGAUGCAUUCGAAGCACAAUGGGUCAAAAAUACCAAGCUGAUGACUUGCGACGAAGCUGUGGUCAAGCAAUUGAAGGCUUACGAGGUGUCAGAAGAGGACAUUUACAAUUACCAGACAACCACGAGUAACAACCGCGAUAUGUCGAUCACGAAGAGGAAGCAACUGGCAUCACAAUUCACAGACCAGCCUAUCUAUUUUAAUAUCGAUAUCCCUCGAACAAGAGAAGGCUUCUACCACUACCAGGCAGGCAUGAAAGCAGCCACAAAGCGAGCCAUCGAAUACGCUCCCUUCGCAGAUCUAUUAUGGGUCGAGACAGGCGAUCCAAGCGUCGCCAACGCAGCCCAAUUCUCAGGAGAAAUUCGUGAAAAUCACCCAGGAAAAGGGCUCGUCUACAACCUCUCACCAUCUUUCAACUGGAUGGGCCAUGGCUUCUCGCCCGAAACAUUGAAAUCCUUCAUAUGGGAUAUCGCCAAGCAUGGGUUCGUACUUCAACUUAUUUCUCUCGCUGGAUUACACAGCGGGGCUGUGAUCACGAAUGAAUUGAGCAAAGGAUUUAAGGAGGAUGGAAUGUUGGCUUAUGUCAAUCUUGUGCAAAAGAGAGAGAAGGAAUUAGGUGUUGAUGUUUUGACGCAUCAGAAGUGGAGCGGUGCGCAGUAUAUUGACGGAAUUCUGGGGUCGAUCCAGAGUGGAAGCAGCAGUACUAAGGGCAUGGGAGAAGGGAACACCGAGGGGCAAUUCUAG